AUGAGUGUUACCAACGAUACUGCGACCGAUGAAGUCUCGUUGACCGACCCCCUAUUCGAUAUGACCUUGGAAUCGACGUCUGAAAUCCUCACUUCGGUUCCUUCGGCAUCACCAGAGCAGCCCAAGUCAGGAGCGAUCUCAAUUUCAAUUGAGCCGGAAGGUACCACAGUCACUGUGGCAGAUACCAUACCAAGCACGAUCGAUGAGAACAAGACCAAGGCAAUAUUCAUGGGUACUACUCACUUGUUUAGGGGUAUGAAGAAAGUUGAUGAAAGGCCUGGGAUCGAAUGGCUAGCGAGACUGACAUGGGAUGAGAAACAUGAACCUUCCCAAGAUGUAAAGGACUCAGCCACCAAAUUUGAUUAUGGCUAUCUUGUUCCUCAGCUCAGAAAAUUACCAGGAACGUCCAUGAGAGAGAAGGGUGAAACGGCAUUCCACGCUGCCUGGGAAGCUUUCAAGAGCACUCAUCCUGAUGAAAGUGAGAAGUUUGAAAUCAAAUAUGUUUCACAAGAGGAGUACGCCAAUGCCCAUCCAUAUCCUUCAAGUGAACAUCCAUUCUCGAGAUAUGGUUGGGAACACAAAGGUACCUUUGACUUCGAUAAGCAUACUGAGGAAGUUGACGAAUUCUACGCCGAUGGAUCGGAGAAAUCCAAGGGAAUUGUAUUGAUCGCUGUUUUCUUGAAAAGGGGAGCCUAUAUCGAUCGGAAAGUGGUAAGUAGUGCAGACAAGGAGGACACUGGAGCUAGUGGAGAUUCGAACGCCCCUGUCACGGAAGAUGUGAUGGUCAUGCCAGAGUCUGAGGCAGCUAUUCGCUUGGCAAGUCUUCCGGGAUUCACUAUCAGUCAAGAGAACGAAGAGAAGAGUCUUCAAUUCAUUGCUCAAAUGAAGGAAAAGCUCACCAGUGUUACCAAGGACCAAUCAGGUAUCGUAGUGAAUGAUUCGCUAGCCCCGAAAGACAGGGUAUAUGCGAUCACUGCCAAUAACGUGAAUAGUACUGCAGAACGAUCGGGUGAGACCGUUCAAUCAGCAUUCCACCAAGAUACGAAUAGAGACAAUCACUUUGCCUACCUUCACCUUAGCCCGGAUGAUUACGAGGCGUUCGGAAAUCCUGUGAAGAUUUCCAGAGUAUCAUAUGAGGAGUAUUGGGACUGGGCUAAGAAGUCCAAUGGGUAUGGUAACGAUGGACCGGAAGGUACAGGUAAAGAAGUGUCUGUGAUCUAG